GGCGAGAUGCACCCUCCGUUCCGGAUCGCGGUGCUGGGCGCCCAGGGGGUGGGCAAGACGGCCAUCGUGCAGCGCUUCCUCCGCGAUGACUACAGCGAGACGCCGGCGCCAGGGCACAGCCGCAAGGUGCACCUGUCGGCCGCGGUGCUCAACGGGCACGUGCACGACCUGCAGAUCACAGACUACCCGGCCAUCACCAGCUUUCCUGGAAGCACUCUGCAGGAGUGGACCGACACCUGCUGUCGAGGCAUUCGCAGUGCUCACGUCUACAUCCUGGUUUAUGACAUCUGCUGCUUUGACAGCUUCGAGUACGUCAAGACUAUGCGCCAACAAAUCUUAGAGACCAGGGUGCUUGGCACCGCCGAAGUGCCCAUUCUGAUCGUGGGGAACAAACGGGACCUGCAGCGCGGUCGAUGCAUUCCGCGCCACAACGUGUCAGAUCUGGUGCGCAAAACCUGGAAGUGCGGCUACGUGGAAUGUUCGGCCAAAUUCAACUGGCACGUGUUGCUCCUGUUCGGCGAGGCUCUGCGGAGCGUCGGCUGUGCCCGCUGCAAACAUAUCCACGCCACCAUUCGCUUCCAGCGGGCGCUUCGGAGGGAACGUUGCGCUCUCAUGUGACCAGCAUUGCCUCCCACGUCCCCCGUUCCCCCUACGCCAUGCUCCCUUAGAGAUCUAUCUUCUUCGGAGCAGUGGAUACUAACCACAGCAAAACGGUCUGCCAAGCCAAGAAGGAAACAUCUAUAGCUUCUUAUCCAAGUCCAUCUUGUAUGUGUUUUUUUUUGUGCAUUUGUAAAGAAAACAGAAACA